AUGUCUUCUGAAAACCUUAUAGUUCUCCCACAGACCAAGCAACUCAUUGGGUUGUACUCGAUCAUUCGUGAUAACGCUACCAAGAGAGGAGACUUUGUGUUCUACUCAGACAGAAUCAUCAGAUUACUCGUAGAGGAGGGAUUGAACCAAUUACCAGUGGAAGAUGCCGUUGUCAAGUGCUAUGGAGACCACGAAUACAAGGGAUCCAAGUUCCUUGGUAAGAUCUGUGGGGUAUCCAUUGUUAGAGCUGGUGAAUCUAUGGAGCAAGGUUUGAGAGACUGUUGUAGAUCAGUCAGAAUCGGGAAGAUCUUGAUUCAAAGGGAUGAAGAGACAGCGUUACCCAAGCUUUUCUAUGAGAAAUUACCAGAAGAUAUCCACGAACGUUACGUCUUUCUCCUCGAUCCAAUGUUGGCUACUGGUGGUAGUGCCAUGAUGGCUGUGGAAGUGUUGUUGAGCAGAGGAGUCAAGAUGGACAGAAUCUUCUUCUUGAACUUGUUGGCGGCCCCAGAAGGAAUUGAGACGUUCCAAGCUAAGUACCCGCAAGUCAAGAUCAUUACCGGUGGAAUCGACGAGAGAUUGGACGAGCACAAGUAUAUAGUACCGGGUUUAGGUGACUUUGGUGACAGAUACUACUGCAUUUAG